AUGAAAAGACGCGGCUCACUCUCCGAAGAAUCCAACAAGUAUAACGAACCCAAACCUUCCCGUAGCGCCCCCGUCACGCCCUGCGACAGCGAGUCUGCCUGGUCGGAGCCUCACGCCCCGCCCCGCACCCCGCGCCGCCCCGACAGCCUCAGCUAUGCGACUUCCUCGCGAUCAGAUAAAGCGAGUUACGAGGCCUCAGUGGAAGGUAUGUGGUGGUGGAAACGACCUUUAGGAGUGAGACGAACAUUUUGCCGAAGAUGUGGUGCCUCUUCAUCCUCACGACCCUUGCAAAUGACUCCCUGUACCGGAUCUCCUCAGAGCGAUUUUGGUAAUGAGCGACGGCCCAUCACGUCCGGCGACCGGCCUCUUAACUUCGUUAGACAACUUUUCCUU